AAGUAGCUCAACGGUCCCAUUCUGUAGUUCAAACUUCCACAUCCCGUGACAAAACGCUGCCUGUGAAGAAGAGUCAUGGCUUCUGUUGUUUCCUUCCACCACUAUAUCUGUCAUCUAGACCUCAGUUCCCUGCCUAGAGUGGUGAAGAUCUACUCAGGAGUCUAUUUCCAAGGAUCUGUUUAUGAAUUAUCAGGCAGCGAAUGCUGUUUGUCAACAGGAGAUCUGAUGAAAAUUGUGGAUGUUCAGCUUCAGAAUAUCACCUGCAAAAAUGUGAACGAUGGGCACACUUUUGAACUCCCACUGAAUUUUAAAGGUCUCUUUGAACCCAGCCAAGACCCUCUGUAUCGAAAGCAGAAGAAACUUUUCUCCUCCACAAGCUCUUUCUCCAAGGCCAGCUACAAGCAAAAGCUUUACACGCUCCAAGAAAUUUUGCAAUCAGAAGACCUAUGGCAGAAGAAACUGAAGUGUUCUGAAAUUGGCAGCGGCGAGUUUGAAAUGUAUCCUGUGUAUAAAGUCGAAGCAAUAAUGCACUAUAGAAAUGAUGUUGUGAAGAUCAACUCUAUGCUGGAUGUUGAGGUGAUUGACAUCACAGAAGAGUCUCAGCACAUCCACUUCAUCAAACCACUGAUGCUGAGUGAAGUCCUGACUAUGGACAAAGUGUUGCCAGUAGAGGCUGAAGUCCUCGGGGCUCCAGAGUGCCCACCUGUCUUCCAAAGUGACUGGAUGUCCUACCUAUAUAAGGGCUGUAGGAUUCACAUUCACAACCAAGUGUCAUCAUGGAAGAUCCUGGCCACUUCCCGGAAGAGUAAGGGCCGUACUGGCCAUUUCCUUAUCUCUAGCAACUACAAAGGCCGUUUCCGUCAGUAUCCACGCCAGUUCUCUUCUACUUCAGAGCUAGUCCCUGCUUUAGCCACAACCAAGAGAUUGCAAGUAGUGGUCACAAAGGACUGCGAAAGCAGUGAUGAUGAUUGUCCCUUGUUAAGCAUAGGGGAUCGGCUAGAGUUGCAGAGCCUUGUCAGCGCCAGGAGCCCUUCAGUGAUGGAUACAUUGGUGUGCCUUCGGGACAAUGGAGAUGAGGACAGGGAGUUUAUUCACUUGCCCCUGUUCUUGGAAGCUGGCUUUGUGGAGGAUAUUCGUGACAAGAGGAAAUAUACACUUGCUGAAGCAGUUGAACAUCUCCGCCUGCCUUGCGAGGUAAAGCUUGUUGCUGGUGAUGGUGCUCUUGACCCGCUCAGCACCGGCUCUGUUCUUACCUUGGAGACCCAGAUCAAAGAAGCCUUUCUGACAGUCAGCUUGGCUAAUGAGCCAGAUGUCAUCUUUGAAAUCCCACCCAAGUGGCUGGACAUGUCUCUCUUCUUCACUGGAGGGCCAGUGAGAGCCACACCACCCAGCAGCAUUCCCAGCGUAGAAGAGCUGACCGAGACCUUUUAUUAUGACUUGCUAAAGCAGUUGCCCAACAACGCAGCAGCACCUCCAAGACCUCCGAAGCGAAUGAAUUCCACACUCGAAAGGCGUCACCAGAAGACCACAGAAGGGGAAAAAGCUAAAGAAGCCUUUAAGCGCCAGUUCAGUAAAUCUCAAGAUUCUGCAAGAUUUCUUGGACCAAAAUCAAGAAGUGCAGACCACCUUGCCCUGAUCGACCCAAAUGAGUACACCAUUGAAUAUGGACCUGAAAGACCCCAGAAGCCUACCAUACCUUGCAAACCGACAGCUUUCCCCGAUGAUCCUGACCACGACUAUGAAGAAAUUAAUGAAGAGGUGAAAGGAAUUGUUCACAAAAUGGGAAGAACUUUUAUUAAACACUGAAACACUUCUUUCCAAAGUCCCAAUGUUCUCAGAACACCAGGAGUUUGCAGAUAUCCUUCACAUCUCUAGGUUUUACCAUGAGAAGAAUUUAUUUCAUUAUUAUGGGUCCCUGAAUCAGUAAAGCGAAAGCUAGAAGUAAGCAAGAUUCAACUUUACAGAACCUAGGCCUCAAUAGGAGAAAACGGUGAAGGAUCCUUGCUUAAUGGGAUUCAGAAUCCCAGACACAUUGUCACAUUAAAGAGCUACAAAUGAAGGAAAAUGAUAAAAUAUGUAGAUUCCAUGCUGGAUUUUUACUUUUAGCAAGUUUGGUUAGAUAGAAGACUAGUUCAAAACUACAAGGAUUAAUUGUGCUUGGCACCACUCAUUUUCUGCAGUUAUAUUAAAAUACAAAUCUUUCCUGUUAGUUGCAUUUCAAGUCUAGAAUCAAUGGAUUUUAAAAUGACAUUUUUGCACCCUAGCAAAUACAUAUGCAAAUAGUUAUGUACAUAUUAUGCACAAUUGCAGU